AUACUCAAUCUCUCACCGAGUUUUCUUUAAUCCCCCUCUUAACCCACUUCGCCCCAUAUUCAACUGUUCGUCAUUUGAAGUCCUAUUGUGCGCAUUAUUGUCCGUGCGGAUCGUGUAUUAACUGGUUUCUCAGGCACCACAUUAACACCCGUUGCCGUCAAUUCCGCCAACGGAUCUUAUCGUCCCUACAUUCGUCUCCCAUUGCCGACGCCAUCGCAUCAACCGCCACUAUGUCCGUAAAAUUUCAGGACCAGGUCACGCAACAAGUCACGGACCAGAUUAAAGGGCAAAUCCAGGGACAGUUUCAGGAGGAGGCCGUAAAGGGGAUUCGUCAAGACACAAAGGAAUUGGUGCACAAAGUCGGCGAACGCUUGACUGGCGGAAACCCUCAAAAUGGCUAUAUGGCUAUGUACCUGCGUCAGCUGCAGAAGAACCCUCUGCGCACGAAGAUGUUGACGUCGGGUGUGCUUUCCGCAUCUCAAGAAUAUCUGGCCUCGUGGAUCGCGAAUGAUGUCAGCAGGAAUGGGCACUACUUCAGCGCCCGCGUUCCAAAGAUGCUUCUCUACGGCAUGUUCGUCGCUGCCCCGCUGGGCCACUUCCUUGUGGGCAUCCUCCAAAAGAUCUUUGCCGGCCGCACAAGCCUGAAGGCCAAGAUCCUGCAGAUUCUCUUUAGCAAUCUCAUCAUCUCCCCCAUCCAAAACACAGUGUACCUGUCGUCGAUGGCCGUUAUCACCGGCGCGCGUACCUUCCAUCAGGUUCGCGCCACCGUUCGCGCCGGUUUCAUGCCCGUCAUGAAAGUCAGCUGGGUCACUUCCCCUCUCGCACUUGCGUUUGCGCAGAAGUUCCUCCCCGAGCACACUUGGGUGCCAUUCUUUAACAUUGUUGGUUUCUUCAUUGGAACCUACGUCAACACCCACACCAAGAGGAAGCGCCUCGAGGCCUUGAGAAAGCGUUACGACCAACGUCGUAGCGGCCCAGGCGGCCCAGGCAGUGAAUACGAGACCAAGGAUUACCGUUAGUUGUAUAUACAUCCAGACCCUACCCAUCCGGCUCAAGCCGAACGAUCCGGCCGCCUUCCAUAUCCUCGGCCCAUCCGCUCCAUACCUCGGAUGAAUAGAUGCAUUAUGUUGCCUCAAGGCAAAGGCAAGCCGAAGGCACAGACAGUCUAUUUCUUUCCCCUCCCCGCCUCCAAUUACCCCUUUCGCAUGUCUGACUGGUUCUAUUCUCAUGUUCUAUUCUGAUUCGGCCUCAAGAUGAUUGCCUAUCUCGUGUUGUACCGAGUUGAAGAUAUGUUUGACUGUUACGAUGAAUGUUUUUCUUAGUCUCUGCCUGCAGCUGGCGAUAUACAUAACUUGAUAGUCCAUAGUGCUGCUAUUUACCCACCCUUUGCAAU